GCGAUCCCCCAUGUAAGAGUGAGGUGGAGGAGGACAUUCCAGUCCAUGUGACCACAGAAAAUCCCUGUGAGAAGCCUGAAGGAAACAUCAUGUUAUCUCUAGAUUAUAAAGAAGAUGAAGACACCAGGCAGCGCUCUUCAGGAGAAAACUUAAUUACCUGUAAUGUACAUCCAGGACUUCACAAUGCAGAGCCAUCAAAUAAUUCCCCCAAGGAUGAGGAACUUUCUAAUGACCAAUCACAGAUUAUCAACCCAAGUACAAAUCUAUCACAUAAUCAUCCUAAACAUGAGGAAUCAUCUCCUGACCAAUCACAGAUUAUUACCCCAAAUAUAGGGCAGAAACAGGGUAAAAGGUUUCAUUGUGGGGAACGUGUAAAACAUUUCAGAUAUAAGUCAGAGCUUUCUGUAAACAAAAGUAGUCACACAGAAGAGAAGCCUUAUACAUGUUCAGAAUGUGGGAAAUUCUUUACCUUAAAAUCAAGAUUUGAUCAACAUAAAAGAAUUCACACAGGAGAGGAGCCAUAUUCUUGUUCAGAGUGUGGUACAUGCUUUAAGUGGAAAUCAAGCCUUGAUAUACAUAAAAAAAUCCACAUAGGAGAUAAGCCAUAUUCAUGUUCAGAGUGCGGUAAAUGUUUUAUAGAUAAAUUACGUCUGGUUACACAUCAGAGAAUUCACACAGGAGAGAAGCCAUAUUUCUGUUCAGAAUGUGGCAAAUAUUUUACAGAUAAAUUCUAUCUGGUUGCUCAUCAGAGAAUUCACACAGGAGAGAAGCCAUUUUCUUGUUCAGAAUGUGGGAAAUGCUUUAACAUUAAAUCAAGACUUGUACAACACAAAAGAAUUCACACUGGAGAGAAGCCAUAUGCAUGUUCAGAAUGUGGGAAAUCCUUUAACCGGAAAUCAAGCCUUGAUCUACAUAAAAAAAUUCACACAGGAGAGAAGCCAUAUUCAUGUUUAGAGUGUGGUAAAUGUUUUAUAGAUAAAUUACGUCUGGAUACACAUCAGAGAAUUCACACAGGAGAGAAGCCACAUUCAUGUUCAGAAUGUGGGAAAUGCUUUCUCCAUAAUGGAAGCCUUCAUAUACAUAUGAGAAUUCACACAGGAGAAAAUCCAUAUUCAUGUUCAGAAUGUGGGAAAUGCUUUAAGAUGAAAUCAAAACUUGAUGAACAUAAAAGAAUUCACACAGGAGAGAAGCCAUAUUCAUGUUCAGAGUGUGGUAAAUGCUUUAUCCGGAAAGGAAACCUUGAUAUACAUAAAAUAAUUCACACAGGAGAGAAGGCAUAUUCAUGUUCAGAGUGUGGUAGAUGUUUUACAUAUAAGUCAUAUCUGGUUGCACAUCAGAGAAUUCACACAGGAGAGAAGCCAUUUUCAUGUUCAGAAUGUGGGAAAUGCUUUAGCCAGAACUCAACCCUUAAAUCACAUUUAGUAAUUCACACAGGAGAGAAGCCAUAUUCAUGUUCAGAAUGUGGGAAAUGCUUUAACCAGAACUCAAGACUUAAAACACAUAAAAGAAUUCACACAGAAGAGAAGCCAUAAUCAUGUUCAGAGUGUGGUAAAUGUUUUAUAUAUAAGUCAUAUCUGGUUGCACAUCAGAGAAUUCACACAAGAGAGAAGCCAUUUUCAUGUCCAUGAUCCGGGAAAUGCUUUGUCUCAAAAUCAAAUUUUAAUCAACAUAAUAGAAUCCACACAUUAGAGAAGACAUGUUGAUGUUUUAUUUAAGAAUAAUGUUUUACAAAGAAAUUAGUCUUUCAAACUUGC